AUGGCUGAAUUUAAAUCAGACCUUUCGGAUACGGAACUGGACGAUGUUCAACCAGUUCCGAUUCCACAAAUUACAGUUGAAAGUUUGCUCCAGCACAUUAAGAGUCUAACCAACAACCAAAACGAACUAAUCGGUCAAAUUAGACACUUGAAAGCAAAAGCUGAGGAUCCCUUCUUACAAUUUAGGACCCCAGACCCCAUUAAAAACUUAGCAACAUUUGCGGGUAAUAAAAAAGAGACCCACGCUUGGCUAGAGGACGCCGAAAAUACUCUUGAUCUUUUUAAAAGCUAUCAAGACGAACCGGUGUAUAGUCAACUGGUCAGGGCAGUGAAAAAUAAAAUUACGGGAGAAGCAAAAGAAACUUUGAUUGCUGCUGGUAACCCGAACGGUUGGGCAGAAAUCAAGGAAGUAAUUUUAAACUCCUACGGAGACAGACGCGAUCUAACGUCGCAUAUUCAAUCCUUGUUCUACAUUACCCAAGGAAAAAAGACGUUAACUGAAUAUUAUAACAAAAUCAAGACCAUCGAUACUGCUAUCAAAUCAACAGCAGCAAUGAUGGAGGACUACGUUAACUCAACAAAAGCAAUAAAUAGCCUAGUGAGCUUAAUAACGCUCACCAGAUUUAUAGACGGACUGACGGAUGAUUUACCAAUGCAUGUCAGAAGCUACAGGCCAAAAAGCCUGGAGGAGGCUUAUACCAUCACAACCCAAUACGCGAAUGCUGCAUACAGACAAAAAUUUAAUAAAAGACCGCCAUCCGACCAUAUCAACAAAAACGUUAGACAAACAAAUUCUAACUUUAAUAAUCCAAAUGUACCUCUCGUUAAUAUUUCAAAACCGCCUACAAAUUUUAAUAACAAUAGUAACCAAUUCAUCGCAAAACCGUCCACCUCAAAUUUCAAUAACCCACAUACAAAAUCUUAUGGGUCCGGAAAAUUUAAAACAAGAGCCACCCCACCGGACGACGACGUUUCGAUGAGAACGGCAAGGUCUCAUACAGAGGUUAACAACCAUGAAACCGAACGCAAAAACUGCGAGGACGAAUUUGACACCUCACAGCAACAAGACGAAAACGUGCUUAACUCGGACGACGACGAUUACUUUGUCGACGAGGAAUUAAAUUUUCACGUGGAAGAAGCACCACAAAGAAAAAAAAAAAAUGACAACAAUUUCGUUCCGUACAUAACUAUCCAAACUUCAAAAGGUGAAAUGAAAUUUUUGAUCGACACAGGAGCGAACAAAAAUUACAUAUCGCCAGCACACGUAAAUAUUGAAAACUGCCUCUACAGAAGCACAAACAACGUAGCUUUUAUAGCAGUGCAAAAUCACUCAGAAACAUCGAUCGAAAUUAACGCAAACGAACUCAAACUUUCUAAUGACUUAGAUAAAGAAAUUGAAAAUGACCCGUUCGACCUGAUGGAUUUACCAAAAACGGUCGACCCUGCGAAAUACACAUUUAGAGACGAUCACAUGAAUGAUGAAGAGAAGCAUGCCCUCAAGAAAGUGAUCAACAACUAUAGAGACGUUCUUUACGUGGAGACAGAUAAACUGUCGUUCACCCACAAAAUAAAGCACAACGUCAGAACGGUCGACAAUGUGCCAGUACACUCCAAAUCGUACAAAUAUCCUUACGUAUACGAAAGUGAGGUACAAGACCAAAUAAAGAAAAUGCUUGCGGACGGAAUAAUCAAGGAAUCUAUAUCACCAUACACCUCUCCUGUAUGGGUAGUCCCAAAGAAACCUGAUGCGUCUGGCAAAAAGAAAUUUCGUUUAGUCAUUGAUUAUAGAAAACUUAAUGAAAAAACAAUCAAUGAUAAAUAUCCCAUACCAGAAAUCACGGAUAUUCUGGAUAAAUUAGGUAAAGCAAAAUACUUCUCAACGAUCGAUUUGGUUUCUGGCUUCCACCAAAUUCAGUUGGCAAAGGAAGAUACAGAAAAAACCGCUUUUUCGGUAAACGGUGGCAAAUACGAAUUCACUCCAGCCGGAAGACGACCCGAGACGAGUGAAGACAUCCUACAGUACCCGAGACGAGUGAAGACAUCCUACCGUACGAAUAUCGGUGAGCUCAAGCUUGGAGAGCUCUCACAGGAACGAGAGGAGAAAGGACUGUGGGGGACAACCAGUGUAGACGGGCAAGGAGUACGUAACAAUACACCAGAAAAUAGACCUCCCAGGCGAAUUCCAGUACAAGAGGUUUCCAAAUUCAGUGUGAAGGCAACGCACUACAAUAAACAAUUACUAGGGGCGAUGAAGAUAUCGCAAAGGCACCAACCCGGCAAAUAG